GUUAUUCACGACGACUGAAUGAUACGUAUUCCAUAUGCUUACAAUGGCUCGACCUCUGCAACUUCUCUCCAUUAAUGCCGCUUUCAUAUGCUUCCUCCUCUGCCUCGCCGCCGUCUACGGCAGCAGGAUCAUAUUGAAUGGAGUAGACGACGACGGCGGCGGCUCUCCGGCUCAGACGAUGUCAUUCCUCCGCCUGAACAACGCUCUCCACGCUGCGUCGAACACUUGCGAGAACACCUACGGUUUCAUGCCCUGCACUACCUCCGCCAUCGGAAACGUCUUUCUAAUCAUCGUCUAUGGUUACCUAAUGUUCCUUGCUGCUACUUAUCUCUCAAAUGGAAGCGAACUUUUACUCGAGAUCCUCGGUCCUGGACUAAUCGGUGGCUUAUUCCUCCCCAUGCUCGGAGCUCUCCCUGAUGCUAUGCUCAUCCUCGUAUCUGGGCUAUCUGGAAGUUCAAAAACUGCUCAAAGUCAGGUCUCAGUUGGAAUGGGUUUGCUUGCCGGGUCUACAGUGAUGCUUCUGACAGUAAUAUGGGGAACUUGUGUAAUUGUUGGCAAGUGUGAUCUUCAGGGUGAAGUUGCAAUCGAUGGAAGAGAUACUGUUGGUGUUAGUCUUACUGGUUCUGGUGUUAGUACAGACAUCUGGACUAGCUAUGCAGCUAUACUCAUGGUUAUAUCUCUCAUCCCUUUUCUCAUCGUCCAAAUUCCUCAAGUCAUGGAUUCAACUUCUGGGAGGCAUUUGUCUGUGUUGAUUGCAUUAGUUGUCUCCCUUUUACUUUUGGUUUCCUAUUGUGUUUACCAGGUUUUCCAGCCAUGGAUUCAGAGGAGACGGAUUGCUUAUGCCAAACACAAACAUAUAAUAUCAGGAGUUCUCAAACAUCUCAAGAUGCGUGGAAUUGAUAGGCUGUUCAAUGAUGAUGGUCAGCCCAAUGAACGUGUCAUUGAGAAGUUAUUUGAGGUGACAGAUUCGGAUGGAGAUAACUACUUAUCAUCUUCUGAACUGAAAGCACUUAUCUUAGGGAUUAGGUUUGAUGAGUCUUCAUAUAUGGACGAGGAUGAUGCCAUCGAUAAGAUCAUGAAAGACUUUGACACCUCUGGCGAUUCCAGAGUAGAUUAUAAUGAAUUUAAGGCUGGGAUCUCAAGGUGGCUCGAUGAGGCCACCAAGUUUAAGUCCAGAUCUGGUCCUGAUGAUACUCUUCAACACUUCACCGAGUUUCAUGAGCACACAAGACAUGAACAUAACUUGUUAGGAGACCAAAUGGAUGAAACUGGUGAAGAAGAAGGUGGUGGUGGUGUUGAAAGCAUGAAAUGGACAUCGAUCAAAGCAGCCCUUUUAUUAUUAUUGGGGACAGUAAUCGCUGCUGCAUUUGCUGAUCCAUUGGUGGAUGCUGUUGAUAGCUUCUCAAGUGCCACGAGUAUACCAACGUUCUUUAUCUCAUUUAUCGUUCUUCCCUUGGCUACCAACUCUAGCGAGGCAGUGUCUGCGAUCAUCUUUGCCAGCAGGAAGAACAAGAGAUCCGCCUCUUUAACAUUUUCAGAGAUAUACGGAGCUGUGACCAUGAACAACCUCAUGUGUUUAUCGGUUUUCUUGGGCAUUGUUUACAUUAGGGAACUGAAAUGGGAUUUCUCAUCAGAAGUGCUAGUCAUUCUUCUUGUCUGCCUUUUUAUGGGCGUUUUCUCAAGCUUACGAACCACCUUCCCUCUUUGGUCGUGUUUCGUGGCUUUCCUUCUCUACCCGUUUUCUCUGGCUAUCGUCUAUGUCCUUGACUACGUCUUUGGCUGGUCAUAGAGUGGCCGGCGUAAUAAUCCUCCCUAAUAAUUGUUUAAUUUUAAUGAAUCAAAGAGAAACACCUUAAUUUGUAUGUGUAAUAUUGUGUGUUACCAAUUAAAUUCAAUGAAAAAGAAUAUGAAAUAUUGAACUUCAACUA